AUGAAGUCAGUGUUAGUUCUUUUGUCAGUUGCCGGAGUGUUGUCGCUGGAAGCGCCGCGAUGUGAUCCUGGUUUCGUUGCCAUACCGGCCAAUUUUGAAUCGUUCACUUGUGUGUCCAGGGGGCGGCUAGAGCGAAUGAAGCAAACAAAGUUUGUUACUGAUGCCGGAACGCGAUUCCUUCUCUGGACGCAACAGACCAAGGCUGGAGAACGUGAGGAGUUACGGUUAGACGAUCUAAAUGCGUUGAAAAAUACGACCUUCAAUGCGCGCAACCCGACGCGCAUCCUUAUCCACGGUUGGCUUAGUGAUUGGACGGUGGAAUCGGUUGAUGGAUUGGCGAAGGCGUAUAUCGCCAAAGGAGCGUAUAACGUUAUCGGAGUGGACUGGUCAGCGGCUGCAUCUACGAUAUUCUACCCUCUAGCGCGCAUGCAAGUUGGUGCCGUUGCUGAAACGGUGGCCAAACAGAUUUCCUUGUUCCUACGGGCAGGACAAAAACCCGCCCAGAUUGUGAUCAUUGGCCACAGCCUGGGGGCGCACGUAGCCGGGAUGACGGGGAAACAUUUCCCGAACAUUCCCAAACUGGCAGCCGUCGUUGGGCUAGACCCAGCUGGGCCCCUGUUCAGUGAAAACAGACCUUCUGAGCGUCUCGAUCUGCUGGAUGCGGAAUACGUCGAAGUGAUUCACACCAACCUGGGCUGGUUGGGCUAUCAUGCUGUACUUGGGCAGGCCGAUUUCUUUCCCAACGGAGGAUACUCUCAAGCUGGAUGUGUGACACACACCUGCGAUCAUCAGCGGUCCGUUGAGUACUUCCGAAUGUCGCUGGAGAGUACACAACCACUGUACGUUGGUCGACGUUGCGAAACAAAAUUGAUCAAUGAUGCCUGUGAUGGCGCCCUGGCAGUCAUGGGAAGUGAUCCCGACGAGCGGUUCAAGCUAAAGACAAGUGGUGUGUUCUAUCUUCAGAUUUCCAAUUAAGGUUCCGUUUCUGAAGGGUAAUGUUUGUCAUCAAACAGAAAAUGAGAGGGUACUUAAGAAUUGUAUCGCACAAUUAAACGCUUUAUCGACAUUUGUAUCGAACG